ACACAGUCAUACUAGGUGGGAUGCCGCACUAGCAAGAAGUCUGGAGCCAGUGGACAAAACAUUUAACAUUUGAUGCAGAACCACAUGACUGUUGACGAAUAUAUUUUUUAUUCUGGUGUUUUUAUGUUAGUGCCUUUUGAAGAAAACUAAAUUUAAUAGUCGAUUUGCCAGUAUUUGGUUAGCAUCACCAGCCGUAGCAAAGGACACCUGCGUCACUGACACGUAACUGAAGUGGCGAGGAGAAAACACAUCGGGGCUUCUCCAAAGCUAUUGGUGGGCGGUGUUGGACGAGGAGAGAUCCGACCAGCCGGAGCGACCGUGCCCGCGGCCCCCCGCCGCCAUGUCCAGACGCAGCCUGAGGAUUCACACGCCCCCCCAUGAGCGGGGCUCGCCCUAUGGCAGCGCCUCCUUCAGCCUGGGCGUGCCACCCAGGAGUGAACAGACGCCGUCGAUCAAAAACUCGUCCAAGUCAUUGCGGCGUCCACACCUGUCGGUCUCCUGCUCGCAGUCUCUCCUCCAGACGCCCCGCAGACCCUCCCUCCACCAGCAGCACCUCGACAGCAGCCUUCACAGCGUGGCCUCGGACGCCUCCCUCAUCUCCUCCAUGCUGGACGAGUCCUCCUACCAGGAGAGGACCCUAAUGGACAGUUACUGGGGUUUGGACGACGAUGAAGAUCCACAAGACAGUACGAUCCUCCUGGAGCACAGCACCGCUCUGUCCAACAGCACGCUGGUCGGCAGCGGAGACGGACGCUGCCACAGCAUCCCGGCCCAGACACAGACCUCCAUGGUCAACGGCCACCCCCGCAGGGACUACUCCCUGCCCGCAGAGAGGAAGCAGGGCCCCAGCGCCCUUCACAGCUCCGCCAAGUUCCCCAACCCCAGCUCCAGACUCCCCGUGGGGCCGUCGUCAGCGCUGUACUCCGGUGCCCAGCACCAGGGGACCUCGGUCAGUCCGGCUGCCACGUCCCCCACCUCGAUCAUCUACUGCAGGGACAAGAGCCGCAAGGGGAAGCCGGGUGUGUUUGUGUCCAUGUGGGACUCUGUGAGGCGUGUAUGCAGGAAGACGGCAGCCUCCCUUGCUCUGCUCCUCACACUGAUUUACAAAUACGUGCUGCUCAAGAUGCACCUGGACCAUGAAGGUGUUGUGCCUUGGAUCCUGGCCGUUGGCAGAGAGGCCAAGGUCUCUGCCGUGUCGAUACUGAACCUAGGCUUGCAGGUCUUCCGAAGGUCAGGCUCGCAGGUCAGGCAGGCUGUCCUGCAUGGCUGGGACCACUGGCGCUUGAGACCUGCUGAUGCUGGCAUAGGAAAAUUGGCCUCCUCCAGGUCAGGUGGAGACAUGGAUUCAGCGGGCCCGGGUGACCAGAAACAGAACAGCUCUCUGUCAGGUGACGACCCCAAAGACAAGCCGACACAACCACCUACCAUCGUCGCCUCCUCUUCAUCGCCGUCAUCCUCACCAUUUUCAUCAUCAGACUCCUUUCUGUCUUCGGUUCUCUACUUGUUGUUGGGCUUGUUGUGGAUUGCCUCGUCCUCUGCAGGAGCCUAUGUUUGGCAGCUAGCUCAGAGAGCUGGCUCAGCUGGAUGGGUUGUAACCAAGAAGCGAUUGUCUGACCUCAGGGAGUCUGGCCCGUCCGCAGGGCAGGUAGGAUCCAGUGUGCUGCGCUGGCUGGAGAGAGGAUGGUAUCACACUUCCUCCUUCAUGUCCCUCCUCAAGAACUUCCUCCUGGUCUGGUGCCUUCCAAAUCUAUUCAGGAUUGCACUGCUUCUCCUCCUGUUACUUCUACUGUCUGCCCUCCUGGGGUGGUGGGACCCCAGAGACGUGCUGUCCUCCAUGCUGCCUGUUGACGGGUCAGACUGGAGGGACGCCCUUCCCCUGACCAGCUUCCCUGGCCUGGCCGCCAUGCUGAAGCCUCCCCAGGAGGGCAGUGGACAGGCUGCCCCCAGCCCCCCGGACCAGGCUGGCCCCAGCCCCCUGGACCGGUCCACAGACCUCCAGGUCUUCACUGAACCUCCUCCUCCUUAUCUUCUGCCUCCUGCCAUGGAAGAGAAAGAUGAAGCAGGAGAGGGUGAAGCGGCCUCGUCGGGGGACUCUGAGCGUCUGCGGCUGCUGGAGCAGAGUCUGGCCCAGCUGUGGGAGCACGUAGAGGACAGCGGUCACCGGGCGGAGCGGAUGCACGGCGAGGUGCUGGGGCUGUACCAGGGCCUGCGGCGGCGGCAGCAGCAGCUGGUGGUGGUGGAGCCGGACCAGGUGGAGGCGGACCGGGCCAGUCUGGAGCCCUGGCUGGACGGACUGCUGGAGGACAAGCUGGCUGAGAUGAAGCUCAGGCUGGAUGAGGACCGGUUGCACAGGGAGCAGACUCGAAAGCAGUAUAUGGCUCAGCAGAAGAGCCAGGCAUUCCGUAUGGCUGAACUGGAACAACUUCUGCAAGCCCUCACAGCUAAGAUGGAGGAGGUGCAGCAGAGACAGGAGGCGGUUGCUACGACGACGACAACCCUUCGGCCAACUUCAGCCUCGAGGCAGCAGACAUCGGUCAGCGGUGUGGACAGUGAGUUCCAUGAUGCAUUGCGGUCUGAUGUCUCCCGGCUGGAGACGGCACUGGGGGAUGUCCGACAGGACCUGAACGGACUGAGAGGAUGUCAGGACCACUGUCACCGUCUGGACAACAUCCAGGAGACGCUCUUCUCCCAGGUGCGAGCCCAGGUGAGGGAGGAGCUCAGGGCCCUGUUGUACGGCAACCAGCUGGUGUCCCUCUCCCAGACGGACUCCCCUGACGACGGCGCCGACGACCCGGCGGCCCUCCCCGACUCGCUGCUGGAGUGGCUGGCCGAGCGCUACGUCAGCGGGGCCGACCUGCGAGCCUCGCUGGCCUCCCUGGAGCUCAGCAUCCUGAGGAAUGUCAGCAAGCAGCUGGAGCAGCGCCGCGGGGAGCAAGUAGACGAGGAGGAGGAGGAGGAGGAAGACGACCACAACCAACGCCAGACUGUGGUGACGCAGACUGUGGUGGACUCCCUGAAUGCGGCCGGGGCCGGAGUGACAGAGGAGGAAGUGCAGCUGAUGGUGAGGAACGCCCUCAGACUUUACUCCCAGGACCGCACCGGCCUAGCGGACUACGCCCUGGAGUCUGGAGGUGGCAGCAUCUUAAGCACACGCUGCUCGGAGACCUACGAGACCAGGACCGCCCUGCUCAGCCUGUUCGGUCUCCCUCUGUGGUAUUUCUCCCAGUCACCUCGAGUUGUCAUCCAACCAGACGUCCAGCCGGGGAACUGCUGGGCGUUCAGGGGCUCCACGGGCUACCUGGUGAUCCGUCUGUCCAUGAAGGUCCAGCCCACGGCCUUCACCCUGGAGCACAUCCCCAAAGCCCUGGCCCCAAGCGGGGCCCUGCGCAGCGCACCGCGGGAUUUCACCGUCUACGGUCUGGAUGAUGAGGGCCAGGAGGAAGGGCAGCUAUUGGGCAGUUACUCUUAUGAAGAGGAUGGAGAAGCGGUGCAAACGUACCACGUGACCGAGGAGAAGGAGCAAGCCUUCCAGAUCAUUGAGGUGCGCAUUCUUUCCAACUGGGGCAACCAGGAGUACACGUGUAUGUACCGGCUCAGGGUGCACGGUAUACCCAGCAACGACUGAGGAGCCAGUCCCUCCCUCUCGUUCUACCUCCCUCCCUCCCUCCCUCCCUCUCUCCCCCAUCACUACUUCAGUUCCGUGUCGAACUACCCUAUAUGGAAGUGGAGUGGACCAAUGUAAUACUUGUUCCUGUUCUUUAAGAACAUGAGUGUUGGUGUUCUUUAAGAAUAUGACUGUGUGUGCACUGUCCAGUGGAUGGGUCGGAUGUUACUGGAGCUGGAAUCCCUUUUUGAAUGGCGUCGCUGUGUCUUGCAACACAUCCAUUUGUGUUUAUUUUUAUUAUGAACUAGUCUGAACACCACAAUUUUGGAUGGUAAACAUCCUGACAUUUGUCAAAGGACCAGAAUCAGACUCUCGCACACCAGAGAGAAAGCAUGGGGAAAUUAGAUGAUCUCUGAUAUAUUAUAUACAGGACCUUUACAGACUGAACUGGGAUUUGUAUUGGCUUUAUUGUAAUUUAGCUUUUUUUGUCAGCACUAAGGACUUUGGUCCAACAAAUGUGGUUUCCCUUCAAUGUGGUGAAGAAUGAGUCAAUGUGACCACCUGCCAACAUAUGGUAGCAAGUAUAUGGAAAAGUUGGUUUUGCCAAAGCCCCAGAGAUUGCAUGAGGAACUGCAGUCAUGGCUUGAACGCCAAAUUAAUGUAGGCUUCUUGUCUAUACUAAUUAUCUAUUUUAAGAGUACUAAUAUAUCUGUCAGUGUUGCUUUUUGGCAAUUCAUAUUUAUUUUAAUAGUAGUUUCAGCAGAAAUAUAAGAAUGUAAAUCUAUAUGUAUGAAUACUUACUGGAAGAGUUUUAUAUUGUUUAACUAUAAGUGCCCACUGUAAUUUAGACAUUUUAAAUUAUUUUGUUGUCCCAAGUUUGUUCUCAAGCAGGAAGCUUUGUAAAUUAUUUUGUGACUAGUGUCAAACAUUUUGUAAAGCCUCUUGAAACUUUUUUUCUACUGUACAUGUGUUUUUUAUUAUUUUCAGAAGGGUUGUAAUAAAGAUCUGAUAUUUGAA